AUGGUACCGGCUGAUCCGUCACAAUGUGGUACAGCACGGAAACGUGUCGUUGCAUGUGACAGUGAUAAACUGGAUGAUGAAGAAUAUAUUUUGAAAAGAAAGCGAAAUAACGAUGCUGUAAACAGAACACGCCAAAAGAAACGACGAGAAGAAACGGAUACAAUGCUGCGUGUGGAACAUUUAAGGAAGGAAAAUGUUGAACUGGAAAAAAAGGUUGAAGGGCUUCAAAAAGAAUUGUCAUUUCUAAAGGAAAUGUUUGUUGUUUAUGCAACCGGUAGCUGGACAAAAUCAAGUGGGAAUGAAGGAAAAAAUGAUGGAAGCGACGAACCAGGUUGUAGCCACAGUGAAAAUAUUUGA